ACCAUGGACCAAGGCAAAACGACUCUCCCACCAACCACUGGGGCGAAUUCCAGCCAGACCCCAGCUGUGAGCCCCACUCACCUGGCUGCGACCGUGUUGCUCUUCACCACCUUCCUGGUGGGUGUGGUGGGGAAUGGGCUGUACCUGUGGGUGCUGGGGCUGAAGAUGAGGAGGACGGUGACCACGCUCUGGUUCCUCCACCUGGUGUCCUGCUACCUCCUCUUCACCCUGCUGAUCCCCUUCUUCGCCGUCUAUGUCCUUCUGGGUUUCCACUGGGUCUUUGGCAUGGCCUUGUGCAAGUUCCUCAACACCUGCAUCUCUCUGGUCAUGUUCACCUCUGUCUUCCUUGUCACCCUCAUCAGCCUGGACCGCUACACCCUCACUCACCACCCCAUCUGGUGUCGGAAUCACCGCACCAUGCCCCGGGCUCAGAAGCUGGUGGUGGGCAUGUGGCUGGCCUCCUUCACUCUCAGUAUUCCCUACCUGGCUUUCCGGGAGACGCACGUGGUGGACGGGGGCAAAAUCAUCUGCAUCAACAAUUACGUGCUCUCCGGAGACUGGAACGGAGCCAAGCUGCAGGAGCUGGGAAGACGGGUCCACAUGGCCAUCUUCAUGAUCCGGUUCCUGCUAGGCUUUCUGCUCCCCCUUUGCACCAUUGCAGGCUGCUAUGGCAGGGUGGGGCUGAAGAUGAAGGAGAAGAAGUUGGCGUGGGCUGGGAAGCCCUUCAAAGUCAUGGUGGCCGCGGUGGUUUCCUUCUUUCUCGGGUGGCUGCCCUACCACCUCUUCCAUGGCUUGAAGCUCUACAAGAAGGCGGUGCCAGAGUCAGUGAUGAGUGCUCUCAUAGUCAUUUAUACCUUGUCAUCCUGCUUCAAUGCCUGCUUUACCCCCAUCCUCUACCUCUUCGUGGGGGAGAAGUUCUGGCAGGUCUUCAGGACGUCUCUUCUCACUCUGGUCAAAGCAGCUUUUGUUGAUGAUCUCGGCAGCAGUGCCCCUGAGAAUAGUGGAAGACAAGGAUCUGAAGUUGAGAACACAAAACAGGAGAUGGUCUGAGAUUACCCAGAUUUAGGGAGAAUGGAAAACUUUCCAUCUCAGUGGUUCCUAGAUCCCUGAUGGUUCUAAAACCUGAUGGCUCCCAGGUACCUCACUGUUUAUAAACCCUGCAGUGUCCCUGAAUUCUAGAUUCCCUGCUCUCUCCAGAAUCCCAUACGUUCUAGGUCUCUCAAUUUUAUCAUACUCAAUGGGCCGUCAAUGGCACCAAAACAGUAGUCGGCUCCAGACUCUUGUUUGGUUUUGAUCUCUCAAUGUGUUCUCACCUAAGGGACUCUCUUGGAUUCUGCAUCACUAGCAGGCUCUGGAAUCUCAUUUAUUGUAAGCCUCUGGGUGGGUUCAUACUCAAAGUCCAUGUGUUCUAGAUUCCUGACUGGACCAAAGACAUCACUGGAUUCUAGAGUUUUCUCAAACCACAUAAAAUCCAACAGGUUCCAGAUUGCUUGCUAAAAGUUUCAUCCUGGUCCUACAUUUCCAAAUCAUAGAAUCAUAGAAUAUCAGGGUGGAAGGGACGUCAGUAGGUAUCUAGUCCAACCCCCUGCUCAAAGCAGGACCAAUCCCCAACUAAA